GGAAUCCCCAUCACUGGAGGUUUUUAAGAACAGGUUGGACAAACACCUGACUGGGAUGGUCUAGUUUACGUGAUCCUGCCUUAGUGCAGGGGGCUGGACUUGAUGACCAACUGAGGUCCCUUCCAGCCCUGCAUGUCCAUGAUUCUAUGAGUAUUUGAAGCACUGUAUCUGCAGAAACCACUUAUCUGUCACAUGAAGGAAUCUGGCUUGGGUGAUGUGUUCAGGUUCCUCAUGAAACUCCUUCUCUGUUCUGCAUGCUCUCAAAUCAGGGGGCUGGAUAAUUUCCAUCCCAAAAUACUGAAAGAACUGACUCACAAGACUGUGAGUCUAGUAGCAAGGAUUUUUAAUACAUCUAUCUGUUCAGGGUAGUAGCAUAUGACUGGACAGUAGCUAAUGUUGUAUCUAUAUUUAAGAAAGGGAAAAAAAGUCAUCCAGGCAACUACAGAUCUACUAGUCUGACCUCAGUAGCACACAGGGCUUUAGAACAAAUUGUGAAGGAAAAAAUAAGUAAAUUAAUGGAGGUAAAUGGUCAAAGGGAUUUAAUGCAACAUGGGUGUAGCAAAGGCAGAUCAUGCCAGACUACCCUGAUUUCCUUGCUUGAGAAGAUAACUGAUUGUUUUUUAGAGAAGAAAAGUGCAGUAGAUCUAAUAUACUUGGGCUUCAAUAAAGCGUUUGACACGGUACCACGUGGGAUGUUGUUAGUUAAAUUAGGGAAGAUGGGGAUCAGUCCAAGCAUUGUAAGGUGGAUAAGGGAGUGGCUAAAGGGGAGAAGGCAACAAGUUGUGCUGAAAGGUGAACUAUCGGACUGGAGAGAGGUUACUGGUGGAGUUCCUCAAGGAUUGGUCUUGGGACCAAUCUUCUUCAAUAAUGUUAUUAAUGACUUUGGCACAAAACAGAGGAGAAUGCUAAUGAAAUUUGCUGAUACAAAGUUGUGAGGCUUUGUCAAUACAGAGGAGGUUCAGAAUAUUGUACAGAAAGGUCUGGAUGACCUUGAAGACUAGAGUGACAGAAAUGGGAUAUGAAAUUCAAUAGUACAAGUGCAAGGUCAUGCUCUUAGGGUCUAAUAAUAAGAAUUUCUGCUACAAGCUGGGGACUCAUCAGUUGGAAGCCACAGAGGAGGAGAGAGACUCGGUUGUGUGGGUUGAUCACAGAUUGACUAUGAACCACCGAUGUGAUGUGGCUGUGAAAAAGGCAAAUGUGAUCCUAGGGUGUCUUAGGUGAGACAUUUCCAGUAGACAUAGGGACUUAUUCAGAUCCUGCUUUAGGGAUGGGCAAGCUGGGCCACCGCCCAGGGCGCGGUAUUCAAGAAGGCACCAUGCUGGUACCUCCCACCCACCUCACCUGCUGACAGCCAGCAAGGCUUAGAGGCAGCCAGGCAAGCACGGCAGUGUUUGGAGAAGAGGGACAGACCGACCUGCAAGGGGGGCAGAUGGACCAGCCAGGUCCUAUCUGUUCUGACCUCCCAGAUGCCUUGUGGUUUCAAACCUUCUGCCAGUUUGCACAUUAUCGCUGCUCCAACCGCAAGUACUACACCAAGCGGAUCCUGUGUCCUGAUAUGGCUCCCCCCAAAGAACCUCGUGCCCAAGGAGAGGUGUCUGAUACCAUGGGCUCCUGGGCAAAAAGCAACUGGUCUUCCCGUGCUGGGUCCACUAGCGAAGCAGCGCUGGGUCAGGCAGACCCCAGACCCACGAGUCAGACUACCCUGCUGCAUCCUGACAUCCGCCUUCACUCCAAUGUCAACACUAUUCUGAAAUAUGCCUAUGCUGUCUCGGGCCAGGAACCAGUGAUCAGGAGGCACAUCCCAGGUGUGCCGACCCAGAGAAGUCUCAAGCCUGGAGGGGACCCAGAGCUGGCAGGCCCCCUGCAAGUCCAGCCAGUCACAGCCACCCCUGAAACUUCCCCAUCAGCCAUAAGACCCAGUAUCAAGACUGGAAGGGCCACAGAGCAGCACAUGCAGAAGAGCAUCCAGCAGCUGAUCAACUCAGCUCUCUCCUUGGAGGGCUCUCCGGAGAUGGAGACCAUUCAGGUGCCCCUAGGCACUGCACCAGAUUGGAAGGGCUCAUUCAGCAGUGCCCAGGAAGGGAUCCCAGAUGCAAGCAGCAGUGGCAGCCUCUUAGCUCUGGAGAGGGAUGAGGCUCUGGUGAUUCUCUGCUAUGCAAUGCUGGAGGGGAUCUGCCUGUCAUCAGCCAUUACCCAGGCUUGGAAGCGAAUGGAGGCAAGAACCUUUGGAUUUGGGGAUUCGGUGUGCGAUAGUCUUGGAAGACACCACAUGGAUCUAUGCCCUGACUGUGCCUUCUGCUCACUGAAGAGGGAGCAGUGCCAUGGGGUGUCAGAUCUGAGACGUGUUCACUGCAAUGUUGGCACCUUCACUACCUACAUCAACCCUGAGAUCUCUGUCCAGUAUCAGGCUGUGGGCAAUAAGGUUGGUUCCCUGGAGGCAAUGGGGUAUUAUGGGAUGGAGGUGUAUGGAGGGCUGCGUGCAGAUUAUUGGUGUGGCCGCCUGGCCACGCACGGCUGUGAUGACCCCCGCGUGAUCCUUUGGCUGCAAGUGGAAUAUGCUUUCUUCCAAGGAGGAGACUUCCCAAACAAAAUCUGUGACUCAGAUAGAGUUCAGCACCCUAAUUACUGUGCAUUCAAGAGUCACCAGUGCCUACAGCGCAGCCUCAGCAGCCAGAAGGUGCUUCGUCAUGGUUGCCGAAGGAACGAGACAUACCAAGUGCUGAGUGAAGAGAAAGGCGAGGAGGAGGUGCUGCUCUGGAGCCAGAAAUUCUUCAGCUUGACUGAGGGAUGAGUGGAGGAGAGAGGACAGAGGGAGACCCCAGGGAUGAAGGAAAAAGGGGGCAUAGGGCACUGAAUGGACCCUGUGGAGGCAGAGAGAUGAGGAGAAACUUGAUAGGACCUGAAGCAACUUUUCCCAACCUCUGUCUGUCUCUCUGUUCCCAGGGAUAACGUCUGGUGCCCACCCCUGCUUUCAUCCAAGUGCCACAGCCUCCUCUCUGCUCCAUACAGUAGUGUGAAUGACAGCACCCCAGAAUUCACUGGGGAAUCCCUGACCUUGGCAUUUCAUUUGACACCAACCCGGGCACUGUACAGUUUCAGCUGUCCCCCGGGUGCCUCUAAGGGUCAGCAGCUGGGAAAAGGGACUCCAGCAACAGGAGCGGCAUCAGCCCUGGGGUGAUUCACUUGGAGUCUCUGCCAGUUUCCAGGUUCCUGCCUGAUGGCCCUUGCCCAAAGCCCACAAUGUCUCUUACCCUCAGGCCUCCUGCCAUGGACACAACUAGUGGGUUGUUUCCUAUAUAUUAUGUUUUGGUUUAUAAAGAGCCUGUUCAGCCAA